AUGGAAGGGAACCAGGAAGGGUACCCAGACUACGCCGAGGAGCUGCAGAAGUGCAAGGACUUUUUGGCCCAGUAUCAGGCUUUGGGAGAAGACACGCGCAAGUAUGUGGAGAUUAUGCAGCGCGUGGUGAACCGGGAGGAGACGGUGGUGGAGCUGGAGAUCGACGACGUGUUGGCGUUCCGCAGCGACUCUGAUUUCGCGGAUAACAUCGUGGCGAACGCGGGUCGCUACGAGAAGCUGUUCUGUCAGGCCAUCGACGAGAGCUUGCCGGAACCGUCGGCUGACAUUGAGCAGGUGGCUGACGUGUGGGACGUGCUGCAGCGGCAGAGAGAGAUUCAGAGGGCCGAGGCGCAGGAGCAGCCGGACGCGGACCUGGAGGAUUCUCCCGACAACGACUUCCCAGUGGCUCUAGUGCGCAGGUACGAGCUGCGUCUCGUGCCGCCGUCGGGAAUGAAGGCGGAGGCGUUGCGCGAGGUGAGGGCCGGUGCCGUGGGGCAGCUGGUGCGCAUCCGGGCGAUGGUGACGAGGGUGUCGGACGUGCAGCCGCUCGUGUCUGUGGUCACCUACACCUGCGACGCGUGCGGGUUCGAGGUCUACCACGAGGUGUUCUCUAGGCAGUUCACGCCGGUGGAGCGAUGCCCGUCCACGGUGUGUAGGACCAACAAGAACAACGGGAAGCUGUCCAUGCAGACGCGAGGGUCGCGUUUCAUGCGGUACCAAGAAGCGCGGAUACAGGAGCUCCCGGAUCAAGUCCCGAUCGGACACAUCCCGCGGGCCAUGACGGUGCACUGCAGGGGGGGACUCACAAGAAUGUGUAGCCCCGGGGACAUCGUGUCGAUCGCCGGGGUGUUUCUUCCGGUGAGAUACUCCGGCUUCCGGGCGAUGAAGGCGGGGCUCAUCGCGGACACAUUCCUGCAGGCGCAGCACAUCUUCCGACACAAGAAGAGCUAUGAUGAAAUGGAGGUUUCAGCGUCGAUGGAGGCCGCGGUCGACGAGGCUGCUGAAGACCCCGAGGUUUUCUCCAAGCUAGCACGGUCUAUCGCUCCCGAGAUUUACGGCCACGAGGACAUAAAGAAGGCGCUGCUGCUGCAGCUGGUCGGAGGAGUGACGAGGAAGCUCCCCGACGGCAUGCGGAUCAGGGGGGACAUCAACAUCUGCCUGAUGGGCGAUCCCGGAGUGGCGAAAUCCCAGCUCCUCAAGUACAUCGCGUCCGUGGCGCCGCGAGGCGUCUACACGACGGGAAAGGGAAGCUCAGGGGUCGGCUUGACGGCGGCGGUCAGCAAGGACGCCGUUACGGGGGAGAUGGCGCUGGAGGGAGGAGCCCUCGUGCUUGCCGACCGGGGCAUCUGCGCAAUCGACGAGUUCGACAAGAUGGACGAGUCUGAUCGGACGGCUAUACACGAGGUCAUGGAGCAGCAGACCGUCAGCAUUGCCAAGGCGGGCAUCACCACCACCCUCAACGCCAGGGCAGCCGUCCUCGCCGCGGCCAACCCCCUGUACGGGAGGUACAACAAGCGCCGGGCCAUGAGCGAGAACAUCAACCUGCCCAACUCGCUGCUGUCUCGCUUCGACCUCCUCUUCCUCAUCCUCGACAAGGCGGACAUGGAGAGCGACAUCGCGCUGGCGCGGCAUGUGACCUUCGUCCACCAGUUCAAGAAGAACCCCGAGCUAGACUUCGAGCCCUUCGACCCCAAGUUCCUCAAGCUGUACAUCUCACAGGCCCGCAUGUUGGAGCCCCACGUCCCCGAGGAGCUGACGAGCUACAUUGUCGAGGCCUACGUGGCCCUCAGGGCGCAGUCCGGGCAAGACGCCAAGAACGGUGACCAGACGGUCAUGACCGCGAGGCAGCUCCUCAGCAUCCUCCGACUAUCGCAGUCCCUGGCCAGGGUCCGUUUCUUGGAGGGUGUCACCUCCGAGGAGGUGGACGAGGCCAUCCGCCUGACCCACAUGUCGAAGGCAUCCUUGGCAGACGACGAACCCCGGGACGGGGGAGACUCGCAGGACAUGAUGUCAAGGAUAUACACGAUCAUCAGGGACUAUGUUACGGGGCGAGGCGUGUCGCACGUGGGCUAUCAAACAGCCGAGGCGAUGGUGGUACGCAAGGGUUUCAGCGUGGAGCAGCUGAGGGAGUGCCUGGAGGAGUACGCGGACCUCAACGUUGUGCAGGUUAACGCCGACCGAACACAGAUCGACUUCGUGACGCAAUAAGUUCCCCAGCAGGAGGAUCACAUGGCGAAGGGACAGGCAACAAGAAUCGUGCUGCGGAAACCAAGCCUUCGUAGAUGCGGUCUAGAUUUCUAGAUGGAUGCGGACUCCUGAGAGCAACGAGGGUUCCAACUGUCGUUUUUUUAACCUUGCUGGUUCUCUGCAGCGGUCACAAUGUGCGAUCGAUCCAGAGCAUCAUAUACUUCGUUCUGUUGAGCCCGGAGAGCAGUUGCGGGACCGGGACAAGCAGAGUCCCGUGAUCGACAAUCGUGCCGGCAAGGACUCACAAAAAAUACCGCUGAAAACACGUCGGGGCUACUGUACUGUGCAUACGCGGUGCUCAGGAGUUUCGGUUUUGGUAUAGAUGAGCCGGGUGCUCAAAUCCCUCACCGACGCCAUACACAUGGCGAUUUGGUCCU